AUGGAAGGAGAGUCGAAGUCCAAGACAUCACCAAGCAUCGUAGAUUAUGAAUCAAGUCUUCUUGAAGGACAAGAGCUGUACAGGAAACGCACGUGGAACUACAUGUCAUAUUUGGCUUACCAAGAGUGGAAAUCUGUGAACCAUUUGAAAACAAAGCUGACAGUUGGUCAGGAUCCAUCCCACUGCAAUAGCAAACCUGGUGAUUUGGUUUCUACACUAAAGAGGAAGACAGGUGAAGUUGGUUACGGUGUUGACACAUGGUCAAAGGUUGAAAAAGGCAACCCCAACAUGACGGUUGGUCGUGACGCAAGUGACCUCAAUGUUAAGGGUGUUGUGCUGCCUGAAAAAGUGAAUGGGACUACUAAAAGUGGUAAGGUGUUGGCGCAGGAGCAGGGCUUGGAAAAGGCAAGGCGAAGAUGA